AUGUUCGGUAUGAGUUUUGCACCUUCAAAGUGUAAAACGUUACUACAAGAUUGGGUUGGUCCAGCACCCAGUCUCACUCUAAUUGUGGAAGUAGUAGAGGAAGUAGACAAAUUUUGCUAUCUGGGUAGCUAUAUUUCACCCGGUGGACGCAUCACGGAUGAAGUGUCGGCUAGCAUACAAAAGGCUUGUUGGCAUUUGCCAACUUGA